GGCACUCUGGCUGCCUCAGGGUGAGGAGUUCAUAGACAUACCGAGACCAUCACCACUCCUGUGCAGGAUUUUCUCUCGCGAAUCCGAAAUCUUCCUUCGUCGGCGUCUCCGUCAGUAGUAGCGAAAGGGUCAAGAUGAACAAGUACUUCCCAGGAAUCAGUCGGAUCGAGUACAGGCCAGACGCCGGUCCUGAUGACACGCUCGUCUACAGGCACUACAAUGCCAGCGAGACCGUCCAUGGGAGGACCAUGGAGGAGUGGCUCCGCUUCUCCGUCUGCUACUUCAACACCUUCAGGUACUGCGGCGCAGACAACUACUAUGGCGACAGGGCUCACCAGAGGAACUGGGAGGACGGCACCCGAUCCCUGGACAACUACAAGCGCAGGAUGGUCGCAGCCUUCGAGUUCUUCCACAAGCUCAACGUCAAGUACUACUCGGUGAGCGACCGCGACAUGGCCCCCGAAGGCGACAGCUACGAGGAGACCAACCGCUACCUGGACGAGAUGGUGACCCUGGCCUGUGACCUCCAGCGCCAGACGGGCAUCCGGCCCCUCUACUACAGCGCCGACCUGUUCACCCACCCUCGCUACAUGAACGGCGCCGCCACCAACCCCGACGCCCACGUCUUCGCCUAUGCCUGCGCCCAAGUCAAGCGCAGCAUGGACGCCGCCAAGCGACUGGAGGCCGAGAACUUCGUGUUCUUCCACCCCCGCGACGGCUACCAGCACGUCCUGCAGAGGCAGUUCUUCAGGGACAUGUCGCACAUGGCCCAGAUGUACCGCAUGGCCGCCCAGUACAAGGAGAAGAUCGGCUACCGCGGCCAGCUGCUGAUCCAGCCCAAGCCAGCCGACCCCCGACGCCACCAGUACGAGUCCGACGCCAUGUCUGUGAUGUACAUGCUGCGCCACUUCAACCUCGACAAGCAGUACAAGCUGUACAUCAAGCCGGCCUUCUCGCGCCAGAUGAACCGCACCUACGAGCACGACGUGUACAUGGCCGCCGCCUUCAACAUGCUCGGCUCCGUCGACGCCUCCGACAGCUUCCCCGAGGUUAACGGAACCUCCGAUCUCUGCGCCCGCAACGUCCGCGACGCCACUUUCGUCAUGAAGUGCGUUCUGGAACAGGGAGGUCUUCAGCAGGGCGGCUUCACCCUGGGAGGACGCGUCCGAAGGGAGUCCGUCGAACCACGCGACCUCUUCCACGGACACAUCCUGGCCAUGGACUGCUUCGCCAGAGCUCUCAAGAACGCCGCCCGCAUGAUCUCCGACGGAAACUUCGCUCGCAGCAUCCAGCAGCGCUACUCUUCGUACAAGUCCGGCUUCGGCGAGAGGGUUGAGCAGAGCAGCGUUAACUUCGAGGAAUGCGAAGACUACGUACGCAAGUGUGGGGAGCCCCAACCUCAGUCCAGCCGCUACGAGCAUUACGAGAACAUGUUCAACUACUACGUGUUCCCUCCACGCCACUAGGUCGAUGAAAACUACGAACACGCCGCCACGGCCCCUUCUUCUCCGGGUAGUAGAUCCCCGCGUCUACUCGGUCCCCAGGAUAAGAUUGUUGCUACAUGGUGUCAUCGACGUGACCACGAUUAACGCCCCCACCCCCACCCCUGGCUGGAGAAGGUUCUAACAUCGCAUUCUGGCGUCUUGCUGAGAUCAUUAAUUUAAUCACUUUUCAGUUGGAGAUUUUAACAUCUUAUUUCGGCGUCUUUCUGAAAUAAUCAUCUUACAGCUGGAGAAGAUUUUAACAUCUUAUUUUGGCGUCUUUCAAUAAUAUUUUUACGGUUGGCGAACAUUCUAACAUCAUAUUCUGGCGUCUUUCAGAGAUAAUAUUUUAAUAAUUUUUCAAUGGGAAGAGAUUCUAACAUCAUAAGACUCUGAGAGAUUCUAACAUCAUAAGACUCUUUCAGAGAUCAUUUUUCAGUUGGAGAAGGUUCUAACAUCCUAUUUUGGCGUCUUCUAGAGAUCAUCUUUCAGUAACUUUUUUGUAAUUGGGACAGGAAUCAUUUACUGCCUUUUGUUUUGAUGAUCGUGAUCAACUAUGGGGAAAACUGAUUUUUUGCUUUUUUUAUUGUUUGACUGGGAACUGAAUCCACACCAAUGAGAUUAUAUAUAUAUUUUUUGAAAGCGAAAAUGAUUUUGGUGCGUAAAACCAGCAUCUAGCUCAAAAAGAAUAAUGUUACGAUAGAGCAACAAGUUGCUGAUCAUUACAAAUCCGACGCAACAGGAUAAGAAAAUCUAUUGGAAUUAUUAGUUUGACAACUGGCAGUACUAGGAGGAAGAAUCAUUCAAAGAAAGGUGAUAAUACCUCGCAUUCAACACCAAAUCCUCAAGAUAUUCUCAAGAUACUGGUGAAAAUGCAUUCAUUUGAAGAGAGAGAAAAAAAAUAAUGUUGCUAAUAAUAAAAACAAUAAAAACUCGACAUGGAAAUCUGCAAAACAUAGAAGCUACCUGAUCACCAAACAGCUCGUGUUGAAGACAGCUUAAAUGCACCAGCUGUCGAGAUGGAAGUUUGCGAAUUAAGGUCACCAAAGCUACAGAUGGAGCAAUAGCCACGCCCCUUCCCCCCGCCCCCCCUCAACCCCUUCUCAGAUGGAAUCGUCUUGUAAUCCUCACCCUCACACUGCACCAGCUGAAGAAUCAUCAGACCCGAUGGGAAUCUUAGAAUCUUAUCCUUUGAUUUAAAAAUAAAAAAAGACCAUUCAGUCAAAAAAGAGUUAUUAAGAAGUAUUACCCCAAUCAUUCAUUUCAUUCUUAAUUUUUUUUUUCAUAAAUUCCAUUGACAUUGGAAAAUCAAUUUUAGGUUAAAAAAAUGUUUUUACUUUUAGAUUCUCGAAGCCAUUUUAACUAAAACUGUCAUGUGAUAAUCUCCAAAAAAUACAAAAAUUAUGUAUAAUCAUUUUUGUGUUCAUUUUAUUUUUUAUAACACAUCAAGCAUACCAUGUAUCCUGUUUCAAUAAAAUCGCCCUAAAAAUUAA